AUGCCCACCAUGGAUCCGAAUGCCCAGGAACUGGUGUAUGCCGUCCGUCUGAACGACAAUGGGGCUCCAGAUGCCCACCACGACUAUAUCAACCUGCCACCGCCGACGAAGCCUCCGUACGUCCUCCGGUUUCAGUUUGAAGGGAGCAGCCGGGUAUGUCGACAUGGAAGCCUGUGUGUGAACAUCCCCUGUGCCGGUGAGAAGUUUCGGAGAGACAAGUACUGUGAGCACAAACUGGAGCCAGACUUCAACCGAGACAUCCAUGUUGAUAUUCCUAUUACCGUUUCGGGCGCUUUCAGCUUCUACUUCACAUACCGCCAGCUUCCAGAACUGUCUGGCUCAGAGUCAGGUCCCAAGUCCGGAAAGGAGACUCGGUCUGAUACGUACUAUGUCAAUGUCCGCCCGGCCAUUACAUUGAAGGGCGAAACCCUACCACUCGAGUCUCUAUCUAUCUUUUCCCUCGUAUCGAAGUUUAUGGGCGAAUAUCCCAAGGACUGGAAUAAACAUUUACGCGGGAUUGGAGAACGAGGAUACAAUGUGGUCCAUUUCACCCCUCUUAUGAAGCGGGGUGCGUCGAAUUCGCCGUAUAGUAUCUACGACCAAAUGGAGUUUGAUGAAUGUUUUGCCAACGGAGAGAAGGAUGUGGUCGAGAUGACGUCAACUAUGGAGAACGAGUACGGACUUCUGGCCCUGACGGACGUCGUUUGGAACCAUAUCGCUCAUAACAGCAAGCUUCUGGAAGAACACCCUGAAAUAGGAUAUAAUAUCAAGAACGCCCCCUGGCUGGAGGCCGCCCUGGAAUUAGAUACCGCCUUAUUACAAUAUGGUCACGACCUCGAAAGUUUGGGGCUGCCCACUGAGUUCAAGACAGAAGAUGAUAUUUCUGCUGUCAUGGACAAAAUGAGGGUCCAUGUUAUUGAUAAGAUCAAACUCUGGGAGUUCUACGUUAUUGAUAAAGAGAGGGAUGUUGCGGCUGCAAUCGAGGCCUGGAAAUCAAACGAUUUUACCUUUCCAAAAGGUGGGUUUGGAGGUUCCGGGAUUGGCAGUCUAUCGGAAAUCCGCGAGUGGCCCAUGGAGACGAAAGUCAAGUUCCUCCUAGAGAAAGGGAUAAUAAAUAUCAACCGGAUUCUAGGAAGGUAUUGCCGGAAAGUUGAUCCUAAGAUAGGGGCUGCCCUUCUCAUUGCUGUAUAUGGAAGACAUGACGAGGCUAAGGAGGAUAUUUCGAAGGUUACGGCGGAAUUUCGAAAGCUUCUUGACGCCAUCAACUUACCUCUAUUCAAAGAGUUUGAUAAAGACGUUGCCUCUAUCCUUGAUCAGCUAUUUGGUCGUAUAAAGUAUCUCCGAAUUGAUGAUCAUGGGCCGCAGAUGGGGCCCGUUACAAAGGACAGUCCCUUGAUCGAGACAUAUUUUACCCGCCUUGAAUCCAAUGGAACAACGGACAAGCACGAUUCAAAGUCACUUGCUUUGGCAAACAAUGGGUGGGUAUGGAAUGCAGAUGCUAUGAGAGACAAUGCUGGCCCUGACUCGCGCGCCUACUUACUACGAGAAGUCAUCGUCUGGGGAGACUGUGUCAAGCUGAAUUAUGGAGGAUCCCGCGACGAUAAUCCUUUCCUAUGGGACCACAUGGCAGAUUAUUCCAAGCUUAUGGCUAAAUACUUUGUGGGAUUCCGCAUAGAUAACUGCCACUCAACGCCCAUUCCUGUGGCUGAAUAUCUACUCGACGAAGCCCGAAUGGUACGGCCUGAUUUGGUCGUUUUUGCAGAGCUAUUUACAGGUUCCGAGCAAACAGACUACGCCUUUGCGAAAAGGCUCGGCUUGACAGGAUUGAUUCGCGAAGCCAUGCAAUCGUGGAGUGCCGGCGAGCUCAGUCGUCUUGUCCAUCGCCAUGGAGGUCGUCCUAUCGGCAGUUUCGAGAUGGAUCUCCUGUCCCAUGGUGAUCAUCUAGAGUCCAACCAGAUUGUCCGGCAGUUGCAAUAUACCCCUUUCCAUGCACUUUUCAUGGACUGCACACAUGACAAUGAAACCCCUGCUCAAAAGCGUGAAGCCAGAGAUACACUUCCAAAUGCUGCUCUAGUUGCCAUGUGCUCUUCUGCCAUUGGCAGUGUCAUGGGAUAUGAUGAGAUCUACCCCGAACAAGUUAACUUGGUCAACGAGACGCGCCUGUAUUCCUCCCCAUCAUCUGAGGAUGGGGUCAAAUCCAAGACAGGGGAAGGGGGUAUUGGUGGGAUUAAAAAACUACUUAACGAACUUCACACCAGCAUGGCUGUUGGAUGCUUUGAUGAAACUCAUAUCCAUCACGAAGGCCAAUACAUAACUGUUCAUCGGGUACAACCAAACUCGAGAAAGGGCGUGUUGCUAAUUGCACACACUGCUUUCUCUGGUUCCAAAGACACCCAUGAAUUAGACCCGAUAAUCCUCUCAGGAACAAAAGCGAAAAUGAUUGGCGCUUGGAAGUUGGAGGUGGAUGGUACGAAGGGUGAUGCAAACUCCCAGGAAGGGUAUCUUACGGGCCUUCGUAGCAAGGUCUCUGAUGUUGAAGGGGUCAACAUCGACGACGAGGGUAAUGGCACUGUUGUCCGUGUGCAAGCAGAGUUCCCUCCUGGGUCUAUUGCUCUUUUGGACACCUGGAUACCAGAAACGAAUCUACUCCAGGAUUUAAGCACCUUCAUUACAUCGGAUGCAGAAGACGCGUUCAAGUCCCUAGAUCCAGUCGACCUUAACUUUGUUCUUUACAAAUGUAAUGCCGAAGAACAUGACAUUAGCGGUGGCUCAAACGGAGUAUACGAUGUUCCAAACUUUGGCCCAUUGGUUUAUGCCGGGCUACAGGGAUGGUGGAGUGUUCUUGAGGAGAUUAUCAAGAACAAUGACGUGGGCCAUCCUAUUUGUGACCACCUUCGGAACGGACAAUGGGCUCUCGAUUAUAUAGUUGGGAGAAUGAGGAAAGCCGCUUCCGAUGAAGGGUAUAAGCGAUUGAGUGUGCCAGCUGAAUGGUUCCAGGGACGAUUUGACGCUAUUCGAAAGCUUCCUCCGUUUUUGUUACCGCGUUAUUUCGCCAUAGUCAUAAAAACCGCAUAUCAAGCAGCGUUGGCGCGUGGGAUCCAACUCCUUGGUGUGACCAUCGAGCACGGGAAGGACAUUGUCCAUGAACUUGCGAUGGUGAGCAUACAGCAAGUCGGAUUUGUCAGCUCAGCGUCCCUUUACCCAACUAAGAGAAUACCUUGCCUUGCGGCUGGACUGCCACAUUUUUCAACAGGCUGGGCGCGGUGUUGGGGACGAGACGUUUUUAUCUCCUUGCGUGGCCUACUGCUAUGCACUAGGAGGUUCGACGAAGCUAAAGAGCAUAUUCUUGCAUUUGGGAGUGUUUUGAAACACGGUCUCAUGCCCAACUUGCUCUCUGAUGGGAAGUCUCCGCGAUACAACGCUCGGGACGCAGUAUGGUUCUUCCUACAAGCUGUUCAGGACUAUACCAAGAUUGUGCCUGACGGGAUCACGAUAUUAAGUGAGAAGGUUCCUCGUCGAUUCUUGCCGUACGAUGACACAUGGUUUCCCUUCGACGAUGAACGCGCAUACCGUGAGACAUCCACGAUAGCCGAAAUCAUCCAAGAAAUAUUACAGCGACACGCGUCUGGCAUUUCAUUCCGUGAACAUAAUGCGGGGCCUGACCUCGAUAUGCAGAUGAAGGAUGAAGGAUUCCAGGUCGAUGUGCACGUCGACUGGGAAACGGGCCUAGUAUUUGGGGGUAACCAAUGGAACUGUGGUACGUGGAUGGAUAAGAUGGGUGAGAGUACCAAGAGCGGAAAUAAGGGGCAUCCUGGAACUCCAAGGGACGGUGCUGCAAUCGAAAUCACUGGACUGCUUUAUAGCUCCUUCGCCUGGAUUUCAACACUGGCGGAUCAGGGGAAAUUCCCCUUCAAGAAGGUGAACAUUGGCUCCGAAAGUUCAAUCACCUAUGCGGACUGGGCUGCAAAAAUCAAGUCCAACUUUGAGAGGUGCUAUUAUAUCCCCCAGAAUCCAGCAGAUGAUGGUAAAUACGACAUUGAUAGCAAGAUAGUCCAUCGACGUGGCAUCUAUAAGGACCUAUAUCGAUCAGGCAAACCAUACGAGGACUAUCAGUUCCGGCCAAACUUCGCUGUUGCCAUGACCGUCGCACCUGAACUAUUUGCCCUGGAAAAGGCGCUUCAUACCCUCGAACUCGCUGAUACGAUCCUCCGUGGACCGAUGGGUAUGGCGACUUUGGACCCUAAGGAUCACAAUUACCACCCUUAUUACGUGAACUCCGAGGAUUCCACCAAUUUUGCAACGUCGAAAGGGAGGAACUACCACCAAGGACCAGAGUGGCUGUGGCCAACGGGGUAUUUCCUGCGAGCCUUGAUGAAAUUUGUGCUCAUGCGAAGUGAUAGCCCGCAAGACCGGACAGACAUAUUCCAGCAGCUCACAAACCGACUUGGACAGUGUAAACGGGCUCUCCGUACAAGCCCAUGGAGAGGUCUAACCGAGCUGACAAAUAAGAAUGGGGAAAUAUGUGCAGACUCUUCCCCAUCCCAAGCGUGGUCGGCAUCCUGCUUAAUUGACCUGUAUUAUGAUGCAUCUAAACUCAGGGAGCUGGAGACAUAA